UUUAGCUGAUCCCUGCGUAUCCUGCGGCUUAUACGGCCGCUUGUGUCUUUCAACACAGCUUUAUUGUGCUUCGAUUAAGGAUUCCUCACUUGAGGUGCUUCGCAUGUUCAAAGGAUAGCAGUAACAACAACAACAACACGCCCAACUUGUUGAACGGAAGCAGCCAAGGAACUAUUGGUAUUGCACCUAAAUGGUUCCAGUACUAUUGAACCUUCUAUAAAAUACGCUAACUCAUAGUGCCUGAGAUGGCUGAGAAUAGUAAUGAAAAUCCACGGGCAUUGCCAAAAGUGGACGACGAUCACGAAAGAAGUCGAUCCCCACUUGAAACGGUAGCAGAAGAAGCAGAAGGAUAUCGCCCUAUUCUCGUCAGUUCCCAAACCGACUGGAAGACGGUACAGUUGCUCGUAGAGGACAGUCACCGAGCGUCGCUAACGCCGUCGCUGGAACUGGCAUUACGACAUUUUUUGGCCAACUGUAAAAAAGACGUCAGGGAGAUAAGCCGGUGCGAUCUGAUGAUAGUACUAAUCUAUGUGAUCGCCCUCGAAUCGGGACUGAUACCGGCCGGAGCCUCAUUGCCUGACAAAUGUAGGCCAGACAAAGUACACAUUUAUCGUACGUUCGAUGUACGGCUCGUUAAACAUUUCGCUACCCGGCUUCCGAUGGAAUGCUUCCGGGAUGCAUCUAAAGCCUAUCGUCUCGAGAUGGUUUUUGCACACGGGGACAUUCCAGACGGCCGCGCAACUUGCGAAAUAGUUGCACUGCCCAGUGCUGAGUUGAUGAUUGUCAACCUUAUUUCGAAUUGUACCAAAACGAUCUCGAUAAAUCCCUGUUCCGUGAUACCAGUCAAUUUCCAUGUACCAUCGAUCAAUGCCGUGCGGUUGCCUUUAUGCUUUCAAUCGUUGAAGCAACUCUCGGUGAAGCUCAAAAAUGAACUUUUCGUACCCUUUGCGGCUAUGAUGUAUCAACAAUUUAUUCCUAUCAUCAAUCCAUCGCUUACGGGAUUACCACCAGAAUUGAAAGACAAAAUUUCUGCUUAUAAAGUAGUAGGACAGAAUCUGAAACAUAUUUUACUCGGGAAAUGAAUCGCUUGAAUAAAGUUCACGGAUACGUAUGGCAUACGUAUUUAUGUAAAUAUAAAAUAGACUCAUUUCGCAUUUUGGGGCUCAUUUAUGUACGGUACGGGUCGUCGAGUCUUGCUUUGUAAACGGUUAGAUUGUAAAUAGUUUAGAUAUCGCUAGUGUGGUCGACCAAUGUAUUAAAGUAAUAAAAAUGAUACUCUGGUGUAUUAGCAGA